GCCCUGCUAAAAGUUGCCGACACAAAGCGGAAACACUUUUCUCUAGAAACGACGCUCAAACUUUACCCACUACGCUGCCACGAACAUCUCUCCUUUGGAACAUCACCAUGUGCAAACAUAUUCUCAACGCACAAGUUGCGAUCCGCUCUGCGUGCUGUAAGAAAUGGUUUGACUGCGCAGAAUGCCAUCAGGAGACGGAAGACCACCCUCUUCUGAAGCGCAACGAGAUGGUGUUUGCGUGCAAAAAGUGCAAGAAGUGCUUUAGGAAGGACGCUUCGGAGUUUGAGGAGUCGGAUGAGUACUGUCCACACUGUGACAACCAUUUUGUGAUCGACGCGGUGACUCCGCAGGCGCGGCUCGAGGUGGAAGGGGAAGAUGUGCGCAUCGAUUCGAGGAUGCUCAAAGACGACCGCAUGCGGCAGGACAAGCCCAAGACGAUCUGGGAUCUCGCCGACGCCACGGACACGAAGCUGGGCUGAGGGCCAUGGGGCUCGUCGAACAUGGGACGAGCAGAACAGAAGGUCUCUGGAGGGAGCCGAGAUGCCAAGUGAAUAUGACGAUUUGUUAAAUGAGCUACAUAGCAUGAUACCCCACGAAUUGAGCGACUCUUACGUCUGUGUAGACAGGCUACCGCGUGUCUUUUCCAACGAGCUCGAGGGAGAACGAUGCAGACUGAGGAGCGGACGUGAUUGCGCAGAGUGGUCGGUUGUAGACGUGCACAGGGGGACGUAGGCACUCAGCAGUAUGCACAUCAGUGUCAGCAGCAGCCUGGACAUGUUUCUCUGUGUACAUGAAAAGGGCGCGUGCUACACACUGCCUCAAAGGGGUUGGCUUCCGGAACCAGAUCGGACGACAACUGGACGUAAAAGGCAAAGAUCAAAAGGCGCGAGAUGGUUUUUUUUCUCGUGUCCAGACGCAGAAGAGGGACGCUCUCCGGACGGUGGAGAGGGUACCAUAAGCAAAUAAUUCCUCAAAUGUCUGACAUUUGCUUGGUUUGGUGACGGAGUGCUUUGCAGCGCGCACACGUGGGCAGAUGUGGAAAUACAGAUUUGCACGUACGUAUGUAUACACAUGUACAAAUAUGCAGACACGCAUAUAUAUGUGUGCGUGUGCGUGUGCGUGUGCGUGUGUGCGUGUAUGUGUGUGUGUGAGUGUGUAUGUAGUGAGCGUGCAUGCAUGAAUGCGUGCCUUUCUUCAGGUGUACAUUCUCUUGUGUACAACCCGCCCGUGUACGGGUACGAACGGGCACGUGUUCUUCGGAAUCACGUAAGUCAGGCGUCGUCGGCGACCUGUUCCUGUGUACGUAAUUUUGCUUCGACGAGCCAAUGGUGGGUGCGAGCCAGCAAUGGCUGGAGGCCUCCUAAAGAUUUGGCUUGGCUGCCCUGAGCCACAGCACGACACGGUCGCAUUGUUCGAAGUCCAGAGACAGCACUCGCAAGGGACGGUCGAAUUCUUGUUUCGA